UGAAGUUCCAGGAGCGCUCGCGCUGACCGCCGUUUAAGGAGAAAUGUCAAUCAUUCAGUCGUUCGUUCCUAACCGCCUGCCGCUAUGACGUCACACGAGUGCGUGCUGCUGACCGCGCUACCUGUCAAUCAUUCCUUCACGGCGAGCGUAAGAUGCGUGAGAACCCGCUACUGUCCGUCCGCAAUGCUGGAUACCGACGCAGCAUCAGGUGAGGAUAAUAACACUCUGUGGGCUUGAACGGUUUAGUAAUCCAGAGGGAAAUAAGCAAGAAAUAUGGAUAAACGCGACAAGAAAGCGAAAAAGGACUCUACGAAACGCGCAGGGAAGCUGUUCCGGAGGAAAUCGUUUAAACCCGUGGAAAGUUUGGUGAAUAAGAUCUUGAAAAGUUUGGGGAGCUUGGCUAGCGGCGGAGAAACAACCGAGCGGUCGGACGCUGAGGAUGAUGAUGGUGGGUUUGGAAAAAGCGCACCUUGCGCUGGAAACCCGGGACAUGUGAAACAAGAGGACAGCAGCCAGGUGAGGAAAAGUUCAUCGCUUCUCCGCCGUUCCUCCGCGAAAGAGCGACUGUUCUCGCUGUACGGGGAUAAAACGCCAGGCGUGCUGGGUCUGAAGAACCACGGCAACACCUGCUUCAUGAACGCCGUCGUGCAGUGCUUGAGCAACACGGACCUGCUCGCUGAAUACCUGUGUUUGGAGCGAUAUAAACUGGACCUGUGUCACAGGGCAAUGAACGGAUUUAUAAAGAAUGAGAACGGUCAGCAGGAGAAAGGAGAGGUUACGGAGCGGCUCGCGUCUUUGGUCCGAGGGCUCUGGACUUUUCAGUACACUCCUCAACUCUCGGCUGAGUUUAAGAUGACGGUAUCUAAAUAUGGUGCACAGUUCCGGGGGAAUUCCCAGCAUGAUGCUCUUGAAUUCCUGCUCUGGCUUCUGGACCGCCUCCAUGAGGACGUCAACUCAUCUUCAGCCCUCCCCAAUGGGAAUAACAGAAGCAAAUCAAGUGGCAAGCCAAACAGCUGUUACCUUCACCAUUACAGUGACUUGGCAAGGUCAGAGAGUCUCGUCUACACACCCCUGCCACCCGUAAACAACACAUCUGUUUAUGAAAUAUGGAGAUGCAUGCCAAACCCCAUAGCGUGCAUUGAGCUACAGUGGUCUUCUUGUGCAUAACCUUGGAAUUGCCCAGAUGAAUAGCUUUUCACAGUGGCUGUGAUCUUCACAAGGCGAGAUUCAUGGGGAUUGGGGCUGAAAUUGAUUUGAAACCCAUAACGUUUCGCAGGUAUACAUGUGUGCAAAGGUUUCCACUCAUCUUGGACCUCAAAUCACAUCACCAUGGCAGCAAGUUGCAGAAUCCUCUGCAAUUAUUGCCACUCAAGGAGAAACAUGCACUUGUUGUUUAUUACAUUAACUUUACACUGCAUAUAAAAGAGAAAUCUAAUUUUGUAAUGUCAAAUUAUUAGGAAAAAAACAUCUACUAUUUACUGUCUGAAAUUAGGGCAAGAAGGUUUUUACAUUAGCCAUUAUUACUGCACCGUAUUUCCAGUAGUGUUUAAACACAGCAGAGCCCCAAUAAUGGAGAAGAAUGUUUUCUUUAAUAAAGCCACUGCCUUAUUUAGAAACCUUUUGUCAGGCAGUUUCAAACAACUGGGGGACAAAGAUAUAUUUUUCUCCAUGCAGUGUGCUAGCUAUAGAAGGCUGAACAUUUCCACAAAUCUGCUUUCAUGCCAACUAUCAGAGCUCUUCUUGUCUGAAGAAAGCCUAUGCUAUUUUUAAAAUCACAAAUGUACAGUAAGCAGCUGAAAUUCACUAAACUUUACAGGAGCUUUGAUUAGUGAUGGCUUCUGAGGUCAGAUGAGAUCUUUUGGCAACAAACAUCAGAGAUUGAAAAAAAAGCUAAUCACCACUGUAAAGUAUUGAGUUGUUGUCUACCAAAAAUCAUUUGGACAAAAAAAAAUAAAUA